UUGACUUUGCCUCUUUUUUUGGUGUUUUAUUGUGUGCUGUCUGUCAGUCCCACUAUCUUGGUCGUUAAUUUGUGUUGGAAACUAACUUCUCUUUUAUUCCCUUUCAAAACCAACGCUAAGCUGUCACCUUGUCAGGACAGGUCAAGAGAGGGAAGUGUGGACGAUCUGCUACAACAGGUGUAUUGAUGCUUCGUCACGUAAGCUCUCCCCAUCUGUCGGUAGAAGAUGACGAUUCUGUGACGCAGACCCCUCCACCCCCCAGUCCACUCUCCAUCUGUCUGGCUUCCUGUCUGACGCUGCAUCACCAAAUGAUCUCAACUCCUGUGACCUAAACACAAACUAUAAAGGUGUUUCAUGCUGAAAUGGAGGAUGUGACUUUUAAACUUAAGCACAGCCCCACCUGUAAACAUAAGUUUGUAUGAGCUAUUUCGGUGGUCAAGGGGUAAACAAGCAGUUGUUUAUCCUGCUUGGAACCACCGUGUUAAUGAGAUAAACGGCUCUUGCGUCUUCAGAUAAUCCCGCAGAGGUCAUCAGUCAAAUCCACAUAAGAGCAGACAGUGACAGAGCAGAGUUCAGUACACUGGAAGCAAUGCGAGGAACGGAUGCUACGCUUUGCAGCUUCGACCAAUGAUACAAACGGCUGAUCUCGUCCACAGGAGAUACCACUUGCAGAUAAAAGACACAUCAUUCCUGGUGUAAAUUGGAAAGAUUAUCCUGGGAUUACUAAGAGUCAAGACAUCAGUUUAAAUCCUAUAUCGUGACACAACAGGUGACAACUCUAGAGAUGGAUUCCCUCAUGUCACUGGGUGCUCCCCUGAAGCAGUUCACCAGCUGUGUGUCUGGAAAAAGCACCUCCGCCAAGAGAGGAGCCAAGAGGAGCCAGUCAGUCCGCAGAAGCAGCUUCACCCGCAGGAAAAGCAUCAGCAGCAGGAGGAGAAGUCUUCCCUGCAACAGCCAGAAAGUACCGGACUCCUGGCUCAGAGCGUACCAGGCUGAACUGAAGAGAGAAAGGAAACGACAGCAAGCUGUACUAGCCAAGAAGAACGCUGAACGGUCCACGAGAACCCAUUUCAGGAGCCACCACUGCCUCCCACGGCAGACCACCACUGCCAGGAAACCAGCAGCAGCAAAGGAUGAUUCCUUCUUUGGAGCCUUCCAGGGCCUCAGUCUGGACGGACUGAUGGGAGGCACAAACGGAUCUCCUGCUGUCUCUGCUCCUUCUGCUGCUGGAGGAGAUCAGUGCAAAGUUAUGUGAGACCCAUCAUUUAAGGACAAAUCAGGCUGUGCUUGAGAGAUUAUCCCUCCAAGGAGACUUGACCAGAGACUUGCAGGUGAAAGUUGAACUUGAAAAUGAAGCAGAGUUUCACACCUUGUUACCCAAGAAAAAGGUGAAGGUAAACCUGUUUGGAUCAGUGUCUUUUAUUUCCUUUUAGAAAUGUUGAUUUUAUUUAGGAAAAACAUUUCUUGUUCUUGACAUUUGUUCUGCAGAUUGGACACUGUUAUCAGUCUUUGUACUGUUUCUAUUUCUGUCUAAUGGUCUGUUAAACGUGAACUGUCUUUAGUUCUACCUUCAUAUUUAAGAAUCAGGUUAUUAAGACACAAAAUGCAAAACUGGCAUUUAUACUGUAGACUCAGUGCAAAACAUCUGCAGCAGAAGAUUCUGUGAGCUUGUGGCCCGUCCAGAAAUAUCUCUUGUGCACUAAUCUGACAACAUAUCUACUUCACACUGUAAGGUAGGCUUGUUAACACCAAGCUUUAUUUUGUAUUUAAAAAAUAAAGAACAAAAAGCAAAACCAAUGA